AAGAGAGAGGGAGAGAGAGCGGCUACGGCGGCCGAAGGGGCUCUUAAGGACACAGAAAGCGAAGUUGGGCCUGGAGAAUGGCGGCUCACCUGAAGAAGCGGGUCUACGAGGAGUUCAGCAAAGUGGUGGUCCAGCAACAACAGCAUGAAGAAGUUUCGGCUAAAAAACUCCGGCUAACCAAACCCAGCAAAUCUGCUGCCCUUCACGUCGAUCUUUGCAAGGCCACCUCACCAGCCGAUGCAUUGCAAUACCUGCUUCAGUUUGCCAGGAAACCAGUGGAGGCUGAAAGUGUGGAAGGCGUUGUGCGAAUCUUGCUGGAACAUUAUUACAAGGAAACCGAUCCCUCCGUGAGGUUGAAAAUUGCUUCCUUGCUGGGCUUGUUGUCAAAAACUUCUGGCUUUUCUCCUGACUGCAUUCUGGAUGAUGUCAUUAACACUCUUCAAACUGAAAAAUCCCACCAAGUGCUGGCUCAGCUUUUGGAUACCUUGCUGGUGAUUGGGAAGAAACUUCAAGAGAACCCGUCAGUGCGAGGGCAUCUCGUCGACGUGGCUUGCAAGCAUCUGACGGAUUCCUCGCACGGUGUAAGGAACAAAUGCCUGCUCCUGAUUGGCUGCCUGGGGACAGUGGAGAAAGGUGGCACCACGAAGGAGGUGGAACGCCAGUCUCCCAAAGACGUGCAGAAGAUCAUCGGGGAUCACUUCAGCGACCAGGAUCCACGAGUCAGGACUGCAGCUAUCAAAGCCAUGUUGCAGCUCCACGAAAGGGGAUUAAAGUUGCAGCAAGCCAUUUAUAACCAGGCUUGCAAACUCUUAAUGGAUGAUUACGAACAGGUCCGGAGCGUCGCGGUGCAACUCACCUGGGUCCUUAGCCAGCUUUACACAGAAAGCAUUGUCCCCAUCCCAUCUUCCAAUGAAGAAAUCCGGCUGGUCGACGAUGCUUUUGGGAAGAUCUGUCACAUGGUCAGUGACGGGUCCUGGGUUGUUAGAGUCCAGGCUGCUAAGCUGCUGGGGUCUAUGCAGCAAGUUAGUUCUCAUUUUUUAGAACAGACCUUGGACAAGAAGCUGAUGUCAGAUUUGAGGCGCAAACGCACCGCCCACGAACGGGCUAAAGAGCUGUACAGUUCCGGGGAGUUUUCUAGCGGCAGGAAAUGGGGGGACGAUGCCCCAAAAGAAGAAAUAGACACGGGAGCCGUCAACCUCAUUGAAUCAGGGGCCUGCGGAGCUUUUGUGCACGGCCUGGAAGACGAGAUGUACGAGGUCCGGAUUGCGGCGGUGGAAGCCCUCUGCAUGCUGGCCCAGUCUUCGCCCUCUUUUGCCGAGAAGUGCCUGGAUUUCCUGGUCGACAUGUUUAACGACGAGAUCGAGGAAGUGAGGCUGCGGUCGAUCCACACCAUGAGGAAGAUUUCCAACAACAUCACUCUGCGAGAGGAUCAGCUGGACACGGUGCUGGGCGUCUUGGAGGACUCCUCCCGAGAUAUCAGGGAAGCCCUGCAUGAGCUGCUGUGCUGCACCAACGUCUCGACCAAGGAAGGCAUCCAUCUCGCCUUGGCGGAGCUGCUAAAAAACCUCGCCAAGUAUCCGACGGACAGGGACUCUAUCUGGAAGUGCUUAAAGUUUCUGGGAGGCAGGCACCCCACUCUGGUGCUCCCACUCGUCCCUGAAUUGUUGGGGACCCACCCUUUCUUUGACACCCCCGAGCCAGAUAUGGAUGAUCCGGCUUAUAUCGCGGUCUUGGUUCUUAUUUUCAACGCAGCCAAAUCCUGCCCAACGAUGCCGGCGCUCUUCUCGGACCACACUUUCCGGCACUACGCCUAUCUUCGGGACAGUCUCUGGCACCUUGUGCCGGCUUUGAGGCUGUCUGGGAAGAAGAUAGCCUCUUCUUCUGGUCCUGCCAGCCUCACCCUUCAAGAAGAUCCUUCUCAGGAAUUUCUACAGCAGAGCCUCGAAAGAGUUUUCAAUCUUCAGCAUCUGGACCCACAAGGCACUCAGGAGCUGCUGGAAUUCACCAUUCGGGACCUCCAGAGGUUUGGAGAACUGCAGUCUGACUUAGCUGGCAUGGCUGACUUCUCCGCCGCUUACCUACGCUGCCAGCUCCUUCUCAUUAAGGCUCUGCAGGAAAAACUCUGGAACGUCGCAGCUCCCCUGUACGUGAAACAGAACGCUUUGGCCUUAGCUGCAGCUCGGCAGAUUAUGGAAGAAACAUACAAGAUGGAGUUCAUGUACAGCAACGUGGAGCAUCGGCAGGUGGUCAUCAUCCACCAUAUGAGGCUGCAGGCCAAGGCUCUGCAGCUGAUUGUGACCGUGCGGACAACGAGAGGGGUGGACCCGCUCGGGAUAUGCGAGAAAUUUUUGCAGGAAGUGGACUCUUUUCAAAGGUGUUUUAUUUCUGAGCUGCCUCAGAUGCAAGGCAGCUUUGUGGAUAAGCUCCUUGACCUGAUGCCCAGGUUGGUCACCUCCAAACCUUCAGAGGUGGUCAAGAUCCUCCGGGUGACCUUGAGGCAGAGUAAUUUCCUUCGCCUUCCAUUGCCAGAGAAGGUCCACCGAGCCACCGCCACCAUUAUUGAACCCAUGGGAGAGUCCGACAAUCCCCUGCGCUUCACGUCAGGGUUGGUUGUCGCUGUGGAUGUGGACGCCACUCUGGAACACGUGCAAGACCCGCAAAGCACAGUGAAAGUUCAGAUCAUGUAUCCUGAUGGCCAGUCUCAGGUGAUCCACCCAAAACCAGCAGAUUUUAGAAAUCCUGGUCCGGGAAGGCACCGAUUAAUUACGCAGGUUUAUCUCUCACAUACUGCCUGGACAGAACCUUGUCAAAUUGAACUCCGUCUUCUACUGGCCUACAGUUCGGACAGAACCAAAGCCUCCGUGGGCCUCUCGCGCUCCGCCUGGGGAGACAGCAUGGAUCUCCUGCCCCCAUCCGAGUGCAGCAUCGAAGGGACUCUAUUGUUCGGCAAACCCGUCAAAGUUUAUAUUAUGCCCAAACCUGCCAGGCGGUGAAAGCUCUUGUCGUUGCAAAAUCGUUUUCCCUUUUUUUCCUUCGGGAAGAGAUUUCGAUCCAUUUCAGAAGUUGACUGGACUUCCGUUAAAAGACCAUCGAAGUUGGACCUCCGGUGGGAGGCGGACGGGACCCGUUGGCCUCCCAAGUUAAAACCCUGCUCUCUUUCUUCUCCGCUUACGGAACCGCUUGAAAGGGAAGCGGUCAAAGACGUUGUUACUCGGACUUUGCUACGGUCGUUUACUCCGUCUCUUGGCAGCCUCUUGAAAUGCAAAAUGGAUUAGGUCCAGCUUGCCCAGCCGAGAAUUCUGCAGUUGGGCAUUUCCAACACAUCUGGAAGGGAGAGGAGUGGUGUCUGGUUGGAAAAAUCUGGAUCUCGGUCACUCUCCUUUGGCUUUUUUUUUAAACUUAUGACCUACUCAGAAAGUACCGUAUUUUGUGGAGUAUAAAACCUUAGCUUUUGGGGAGGAAAAUAAGAAAAAAGCUGAUUGGCAGGUGGAUCGGCCUCCCGGAAUACCCCCAAUCAGAUGUUCCCAGAGGUGAAUUUUAGCCACAGGUUCCUUGGUUGUGAGCUCUGUGCCUUGCUUUUUUUUUUUCUCUGUUUCUGUUUCAGAAAAAACUUCUUCUUUUUUUUUUGCCUCUGAAAGCCUCCAAAACAGAACUUCAGGAAAAAAAGCCUCUAAAGCUCUGUUUGGCAGCUUCUUUUUUGAAGCCCUAUUUCGGGGCUUUUUUUCUGAAGCUGUGUUUGGAGGCUUCUUUUCUGAAGCCCUGUUUGGGAGCUUUUUUUCUGAAGCUCUGUUUGGAGGCUUCCUUUCUGAAGCUCUGUUUGGGGGCUUCUUUUCUGAAGCUCUGUUUGGGAGCUUUUUUUCUGAAGCUCUCUUUGGAGGCUUCUUUUCUGAAGCUCUGUUUGGGGGCUUCUUUUCUGAAGCUCUGUUUGGAGCCUUUUUUUCUGAAGCUCUGUUUGGGAGCUUUUUUUUUGAAGCUCUGUUUGGAGGCUUCUUUUCUGAAGCUCCGUUUGGGGGCUUCUUUUCUGAAGCUUCUUUCAGCCUCUGAAACCUCCGUUUGAGAAGCUGGGCGGGGCUACAUUCCGAGUAUAAGACGCACCCAGAUUUUCACCCUCUUUUUUGGGGGGGAAAGGUGCGUCUUAUACUCCAAAAAAUACGGUAAGUCCUAGCUUGAUUUGUACAUGUGUGCCCAAUAUAAGCCCUACCCACAAAAUAAGGCCUAAUUAAGACCCCACCCACUUCAGGGUGCACAAAUUAAAAAUUAAGCUAAUGUGGGGAUGGUGUGGAUGUGUUGUGUCUCGCCCGCUUUCACCGCAGCCGGGGCCUUCUUAUCUGCUUCUGAACGCUGAGGAAUGUCCUAGUAUGCCUCCCGGCCCCAGCCCUGGCUCCAUGCCCAGACAGGCUGAGGAGGAAGAAGUACCUCCAGCCCCCAGCUCUGCCUCCAUGCCCAGGCAAAUGGAGCAACUAGACCCCUCCCCCUCCCCCAUAGCAUGUGAGCCUGAGGAAGGUCAAUUACCAACAGCUGCCGACUGGAGUGACCCUCGCUUCAGAAGAAUUGAUAGGCGGCGGCGACAGAAGGAAGGGAGGGGCAGGCCUGGAUAAGUGCUGAGUCAUGGAGCCACACCCCUUGGCCUAUAUAAAGGACCUGCUUUCUGGCAGUCUCUGAGUCAGGCAAAGUCUAAACAUAUCUUGCUGAAGUCACUUUCUGGUCUCCUGCCUGCCUUGAGAACUUUGCUAGGACUUUGGCAGAGCUGCAGAGGCACGCCUGAUUCGGAUUUCCCUGACCCGGUCGUCAGCGGAGGAGUGGGACAUGACAGGAUGUAUGGAAUUGCUCUACUUACCUUGGGACAGUUGCAGCCAGGCCUCGCGCACUCGGCCCACUUUUUUCUGCAGCCAGCAGGAUUUUCCUGAAGGCUUCUGUAGCCGAUAACAGAGCUUCGGAUCGAUCUGGAGCUCUGUUAUCGCCUGCAGAGGCCUUUAGCUGCAGAAAAGUUCCUGAAGGCCUCCGAUAGCGAAAAAGACGCUGGGGGGGCGACGCACGCAAGCGAGGUGGACGACACCUCCCUGUUCCCCCGAAAAUAAGACCUUGUGCCUUUUUUUGGUGGCAAAAUAAAUAAAUAAAUAAGGCAGGGUCUUAUUUUCGGGAAAACACUGUAGGAUGCUGGACAGUGUUUCUUUUAGCAACUUUUUUUUUAACACGGUGAAAUGUGGGACAGAAUCGUCAAAAUUUCUGAUCUCAAUCUUUAAGAAGUUGGUGGACUGGAUGUGAAGAUCCCAGUUGCCACGUGUUGUGACCCAGGCUCGAGCAGGUAGCAACAAACGCAGUCCUUGAUGAAAAUAAACUUUAUUCAAGCAGCUGGGAAUUGACCCAUUCCCAGCGUCGUGAAACUCAAAAGAAAGCAAAGGCUUCUCACACAAAACAGUCUGUCAUUAUUUCCAACCUGGUCCAAUUUCGAUAAUUGCCAAAGUUCUUUGCAAGAUAAGCGUCUUGAGCAGAGAAUGGAGAGCUGCCAAGGUGUUUUGUCUCCUUCCCCAUUUCAGACCCACGAGCUGGCCUUCAGCCAGCGGAUUCACGGCUCUUAUCAGUCCUGGCAGAGAAAUCGCAGCUGCCUGCCAAAGUUCAAACAAAUGACUCACGUAGCAAGACUUUCAGCUCUUUUUGAAACGGAUCAGCUAAACUUUUGCCUCCCGUGGAGUGAGAGCAGUCCCAAAGCUCCUUAUAUAUCCUGGGGGUGAGGCUCCUGCCCCACCCUUCCUUUUGAUGACACCGCCUCUCUAAUCUUCUGAAGCGCGGGUCAAGCCAAGCUUGAUUAUUAUUAUUAUCAGCUGGGUCUGUAGGCGUAGCCUGGGGAAGGGAGGAAUCGGGAUGACGGCCUCAUUACGUCCUCCGACUGGUCUGGUUCUGGCUCCUGGAGCCGAGCCAAAGGAAUCGGUGCUCCCGAGGUAAGCCUUAGCGGCCCUUCCCCCUCACUUUCGGAGUCACUUUUGGGCAUGGGGCCAGGUUCAGGGGCUGGAGUCACAACACAAGGUCUUCUCGGAGAAACAUCCAGAGCAGAGAAUGGGACGAGCGCAGCUCCAACGUUGUUUUCCGGCAAACUGAGACACCGAUGCCGGUCUCCUUUUAAACCUUCUGGGAGGGGCCAAUUAUCUCUUGGCUUUACCCCUAAGGUGACCUCUCUGCUUGAGCUGCUCCGGCCUCUUGGCAGCUCUUCUCAUUCGGGCAUUAGGGACAGGCUCUCCCAGUUCCUCCUCCUCCUCGCUACUCUUGGCCUCUGGAGACUCUGGAGUCAGCACCUCACUCUCACUACUCUCAGGCUCUGGAGUCCGCACCCCAUUUCUCGAUGGCCCUGGCCUCGCCUCCGCCUCAUCACUCUCCGAUUCUGCCACCAGCACCGUACGCUGCUGACGGACCACAACACCACGCUGAGAUACCGAAAGGCUGCUCUCGCAUCUAGACUGGUCUCCAAAUGUAGGUUUCCUCUCAGGUGGCUAUGCAGGGCCAGCGGAAUAAAUGGGAAGAGACGUCGUGUGCGAUUUUCUUUCGACACGGAAACUUCUCCCUGUGGCAACGAUGCUUUCAGGUGAUCUUGUGGCUUGGAUUUCACGCAGAGAACUUGGGAGCCCGUAAUUUAGUAUUUUUUGACAUUGAUGAAAAUAGUACUGUGCCUCCCCUGGUGAUGUUACUGUGUACUGUUGUAUGUA